GCAAACAAACAAUAAAAGAAGCAUAACAAAAAGAGAGAAAAGAGAAGCAAACAAAAUUCCAAUCAAAACCGUACUCAACUUUCAACCUUUCUACCCAUUUGGCCUGGCUUCAUCCAAAGAAUCUUCACGCCCACUUUUGUCUGGUCCCAUAUCUCAUCUUCACUCUCGCCUCUUUACUUUCAUCAUUAAUACAAGUUCAUUACUAAUCUCUCUUUACACACACAUAACAAAGUUACAAUAGCACUAUGCCCAAGUUGUGGCAUUUUAUCUUCAUAGUUACGUUAUUUCUUCAACGUUCUAAAUUUGGCAUUUCAAGAAGGGAGCAAGUCCCAACACCACCACUACCAGUCUUACCACUUCCAUCAUUUUCUCAGUUGAAAUGGCAACAAAGGGAGCUUAUCAUGUUCCUUCACUUUGGAGUCAACACAUUCACGGACUCUGAAUGGGGUACCGGACAUGAGAACCCGGCCAUAUUCAACCCGGUUGGUCUCAACGCUAACCAAUGGGUCAGUGCAGCAGCAGAGGCAGGAAUCUCUCUGAUGAUACUCACUGCAAAACACCAUGAUGGGUUCUGUUUAUGGCCUAGUAAAUACACUGACCAUUCUGUUGAAAGAAGUCCAUGGAAGAAUGGCCGUGGAGAUGUUGUCCAAGAACUCGUCAGUGCAGCCAAGAAUUAUGAUGGGAUUGAUGUCGGACUUUAUCUAUCGCCAUGGGAUCGACACGACAGAAGAUAUGGUCAUAAUUUGCAGUACAAUGAGUAUUACUUGGCUCAAUUGCAAGAACUGCUAACAAAGUAUGGAAGUGUUAGAGAAAUAUGGUUUGACGGAGCAAAGGGUUCAAAUGCACCAAACAUGUCAUACUAUUUCUGGGAUUGGUUUGCAAUGGUGAAAGAAUUGCAGAGUUCAAUCAAUAUAUUCUCGGAUGCUGGUCCAGAUGUCAGAUGGGUUGGCAAUGAAAAUGGAUUUGCAGGAAAUACUUGUUGGUCCACCAUUAAUCUGACUUCUCUUUCAAUCGGAAAUGGAAGUACUGUUGAUUAUCUAAACACAGGUGAUCCAAAAGGGACAGAUUGGCUACCAGCAGAAUGUGAUGUUUCAAUUAGAAAGGGAUGGUUUUGGCAUAAAUCUCAAACCCCUAAAAAGCUAAGUAAAUUACUUGAGAUUUACUACAACUCCGUGGGACGGAAUUGUGUUCUUUUGCUCAAUGUGCCUCCCAAUACAACUGGCCUCAUAUCUUACUCUGACGUCCAAAGAUUAAAAGAAUUUAGAACCGCAAUUGACACUAUUUUUGCUACUAAUUUGGCAGAGAAAUGUUUUCUGAAAGUCAGUAGUCAAAGAGGAGGUAAAGACGGUGGUUUUGGACCAGAAAAUUUGUUAGAUAGUGAUCAUUUGUGGACUUAUUGGGUUCCACGAAAUGAAGAGAAAGAGGGUGGUUGGAUUGAGAUUAGAUGCAGUGGAGGGUUGAGAUUUAACGUGAUUAGGAUUCAAGAAGCUAUUGGUCUUGGUCAGAGGAUCAAACGGCAUGAAAUUUAUGUUGAUGGAAAGAAAGUUGCUAAAGGGACUACUAUUGGAUACAAGAGGCUACAUAGACUUGAAGAAGUUGUUGAUGGCCAAAAUGUAAAUAUUAAGUUUUUGGAGUCAAGAGAUGUGCCAUUGAUUUCUUCUAUUGGUCUGCAUUAUGAUCCUUAUUGGAACCCAGUAUAAGCGCUUGAUUUUAAUAAGAGUGUCCUCUAAAUAGCUUCUGAUGA